UCAACAGCUGGUGAUAACGAUAUGGCUCAGGUCUGGCGAAAAGUGAUCUUCGUCCUAACCAUGAUGACCCGAGACUCACUGACCCAAAGGAUCAUUGGGGGCCAAGAAGUUGUGCCUCAUUCCAUUAAGUUCCAAGCAUCUCUUCAGUAUGAGAGAAAUCAUUAUUGUGGAGGAAUCCUAAUCCACCAACAAUGGGUGGUCUCUGCUGCCCACUGCUGGAGACCGAGCAACAUCAUUCAGGUGGUCCUGAGCGCACAUAAUCUGGAUGCUGAAGACAAAACUGAGCAAGUUUUCAACGUGUCCAAGAUCAUAUCCCAACCUAUGUACAACCCGAGAACGUAUGAUAGUGACAUCAUGCUCCUGAAGCUGAGCCAACCGGCUGUUCUAAACGCGAAUGUCCAGCCAGCUCUUCUACCAGAUACCAGCAUACCACCACUAAUUUUUGGAAAAACCUGCACAGUGAGCGGCUGGGGCGUCACACGCAUCUACAGUUUCUACCUGUCCCCUGUGCUCCGUUCUGUGGAUGUGGAUUACAUCCCUAACUGCCAGAACUACUACUCCUACAGAGUCAAUGAGAACAUGAUAUGUGCCGGAUCUCGCUACGGAGGCAAAGACUCUUGCCAAGGUGACUCAGGAGGUCCCCUCGUGUGCAAUGGCUAUCUGGAGGGCAUCGUGUCCUGGGGAAUAGGCUGCGCCAAUCCCUACUACCCAGGCGUCUACACCAAAGUGAGGAACUUCAACCAGUGGAUCUUCUCGACCAUCACAAGUGACAAUCAGUCCUAAAGAAUA